ACCAAGGACAUUAACAAAAACAUGGCGCUCUUCAUAAACUAGCGAUUUCUGAAAUAACGUUUGCUAGUCAAGUGCGAUUUCGACGCAGUUUGCUUCUAUUUUCGCCUGAAUUAUACAAUAUUUUGAAAGGCAACUUACCUAUGCUAUAAGGAUCAUAUUUGUGUCUAGUUGAUGCCAAGUUAUAUUAGUAUGUCAGAUGACGAUGAUGCACCGGUGGCCAAGAGGUCCAAGAUUCAUUAUGGAACCCUGGAAGAGCGACUGAGAGAAGAGGAUGGUAAAGGAGCCAUUCAGGCUGGAAUUGAGGCUGGCAACAUCAGCAUCUCAUCAGCGGAAACGUUCGACCUUGAAGAUCACGUGAGCGAACAGAGGCUGGAGCUUCUUGCCGAAUUCGAGAGGAGGAAGAAGCUUCGUCAAAUCACCGUGUCGACUGAUGAUGCCCAGGUCAAGGCCCAGCUGAGACAAAGAGGAGAACCAAUAUGUCUGUUCGGAGAGGAUAAAGCAGACAGGCGAGAACGUUUACGCCAGUUGCUAGCACUUACUGGAGAUGACGAGUUAAUGCGACAACAGAAUGAAGAACUAGAACGGGAGAAGAAGAAAAAAGAGGAAGAACAAACUACUUGGUACCACGAGGGACCAGACAGUCUGAAGAGAGCCAGAUUAUGGAUUGCAGAAUACUCCUUGCCAAGGUUGGGCGGAAAGAGAAUACAGGAGGCCAAGCAGGCUAAGAAUAUCCCAGAAUCCAAGAGGAACGCGACACAGGAACUGCACCGGCAUAUCAGGGCACUUACAGCUGAGGCAAGUCAGAUUGGAGAUACACGGCCUAUCUCAUAUUGUCAAUUCAGUCCUAAUUCCAAAAUCCUUGCAACAGCGUCCUGGAGUGGACUCAUCAAGUUGUGGUCCAUCCCAGAACUGAAUGAAAUCAGAAUCCUAAGAGGUCACAACCACAACGUGGGUGCUGUGGUGUUCCACCCCCAGGCCACAUUAUCGCUGGAUGACGCUGCCUGCUGUAUGGCGUCGUGCGCUGCUGACGGGAGCGUCAAGCUCUGGAACUUAAAAAGUGAUGAACCGGUAGCCAAUAUUGAGGGUCACGCUGCCAGGGUAGCACGUCUGGCUUAUCAUCCGUCAGGAAGGUUUCUGGGAACAACCUGUUUUGACAUGUCCUGGCGUCUCUGGGAUCUGGAAGCACAAGAGGAGAUUCUCCACCAAGAGGGCCACAGCAGGGCAGUGUACUCCAUUGCCUUCCAGGGGGAUGGCUCCCUAUGUGCAACAGGUGGUAUGGAUGCCUUUGGACGGGUGUGGGACCUGAGAACUGGCCGGUGCAUUAUGUUCAUGGAGGGCCACCUCAAGUCUGUCCUGGAUUUGAGCUUCUCCCCAAAUGGUUACCAGCUUGCAACUGGCAGUGAAGAUCACUCCGUUAAGAUAUGGGAUCUCAGGCAGCGCAAGUGCGCUUACACCAUUCCAGCCCACAGCAACAUAGUCUCGGGGGUCAAAUUCCAAGGUUCAUCCGGUGACUUUCUAAUCAGUUGCUCAUAUGACAACACAGCAAAGGUGUGGGCGCAUCCCGGAUGGUCACCCCUAAUCACGCUAGCAGGACACGACAGCAAGCUCAUGGCGGUGGACAUCUCCACCGAUCAGCACUACAUCGCCACGGCGUCCUUCGACCGCACGUUCAAGCUAUGGGCGUCAGAGUAGGUGGAUUGCUUUCACAGCCCGUUUGGGCUAAACUUCAGCAACUGUCAGGACAGUCUGGGGCAGCUUGCUCGCAGGCUGAUCGCAGUGCGAGGUCAGUCCAGCAUACUUUAUCAGAAGUUGAAAUAAAACCAGACCAAUUUUUCUUUAAUUAACUGCCUGCACGACAAAGAUGUGGCCCUGAUCAAUACACCUGACAGGUUUGAGGUUUAGGUAGAACUGUUAGUGUAGUGAAACCAUGUUAUGUAAACUUGAAUAUGAGAUACAGCAGGCUCAUUAAACACCAAGCUUUAUGUACUUUAAUUUUUCAUGUAUUAAUCUUUGUUUUUUCGUACAUGCUCUAACCAGAAUUUCACUGACUACAUGUACAUUUCUCAUGGGUCCCAUCUUGACCGGGAUAUUUUAGAAGUGCUCAUUGGCACUUGAAGUUUGUAGAAGUUCAGGUGUUCUUUCUGGUGUGUUACUGUGAGUUUGAAACAAGCUAUUCAGGCCGUAACUGUCGUGUCUGGUUUCCCCUCGGAAUGCACCCAGAUUGUUCAGAGAAAAAAAAUUGGAAGAUCGUGGUGAUGCAACCCCAUUUCAUUUGUGAAUGGUUUUCUUAAUAAAAUGAUCCUUAAAAAAA